CCAGGUAGCUCUCAGUAUGACUAUAUAUCCAUAUAACGCAGCCCCAGGGGCCUUAUUUUGAGAUUGCAAAAAUGAUAUUGUGAUUUCUAGAGAUAUUAUUAUGACAUUUCAGGGCCUGUUGAUGUCGUUCUUUGAAAACGUCAGAUAUUGACAUUCGAGAGAUGAGUUAGGCAAGCAUGGCGCGGUUGGAUAUUCACGUUACAGACAAAGUGCUAGAUUUUUUACAUUUGUUUCUUCUAUUACAAACUUUACAACCUUCUUCAACAUAUGUAGAUGCAGUAGAAAGUCACAGCCAAGCGUUCAUCCAAACAGACAAACAUUUGACCUACAUUGUAGGUGAUAUUAGUGGAAUACCUUUAGAAAUAAAACCAGGUCAUGGGUUUCCAGACCCGCUUUCAAUUCAAGAUGAUAAACUUUUUUCCAGUAGCAUUAGAUUGGAUCCUGCUAUGCUGGACUUUCAACAACAGCCAGUUGGAAUGCCGCGUAUGGAAAGAGUCAUAGUUCAAAAUAAUGACCCAAAAAAUAGUUUACACCUACUGUCAAUAUCAGGCAGUACAGUGCAUUUUCAUUGCUCAUUUUUUCAAGAUAAAAUUGUUCCCCUUGGGGGAAACACUACAUUUGAUGUAGUAUUUUUGGCCAGACAGGAAGGCAAUGUGGAGAAUACCUUAUAUAUCCACACCUCCAUAGGCUCAUUAAAAUACCAGGUUUUUGGUGUUGGUAUCCCCAACCCGUAUCGCCUGAGGCCGUACCUAGGAGCCAGAGUACCCAUCAACAGUAGUUUUUCUCCUUUAAUUCAAAUGCAUAAUCCUCAUAAUAGAAGGCUGCAGGUGCUGGAAAUGUUUUCUAGUGAGGGAGAUUUACAUCUAGAACUCCCAUCAGGAGCAAAAGAAGCAUCAAAAGAAUUAUGGGAAUUACAGCCAUUUGAGACUAAGCCUGUAAUGCGGGCCAACUUUGUGGGUCGAGUAGAAAACAACCACACAGCAUUCAUCAGGAUAAAAACCAACCAGGAGAGUGAUUCUGAGAUGCUGAUACUGCCUGUGGAGGUGGAGGUGUCGUCAGAGCCAGGGAUAUACUCACCGAUAGAGAUGAUAGAUUUUGGUAUUUUGAGGACGCUUGACAAACCGAAAGUUGUGAAGUUGAACCUCAUCAAUACAGGAGCAAAACCUAUACAUAUCUCUAGUGUGAAUGUGUCGCCUAGCAACGAUGCUGUGAGCAUAGACUUUCGACCCAUAAAGUUGCAGCCAGACCCAGGGAGGCAGGUCACAGUAGCACAUAUCACAUACAAUGCUGUCAAAGCGUUUCAUCCCAAGCAGUGGUCUGGAAAACUUGUCAUCAGAACAAAGAACAAUUUUCACAGACUGAUAAUCCCCUUCCGGGCGAAUGUCCUACAUGGGUCACUGGUAUACAAUGUCAACACCACAUACUACUUUAGUGCAAAAGCCCUGAAGAAUGUCACACGGCCGAUGAUGUUCACGAACACCUUCAACUUCUCCAUUGUCAUCUUCAACGUCACACUACCGGCUGACGUAGCCCAGUUCUUUUCUAUCUACAACUUUACACAGCCUGUGUUGCUGCAGCCUCAGCAGAUGGCCACACCCUUCCUGGUCAAGUUCCAUCCAAACGAGACACAGCUUCACUUCAACACUGUACUCACCAUACAUUCAAAUGCAUCCACCUUCCAGAUUCCUAUCAUCGUCUAUAAUGGGCUGUUCAAGGUUAUACAUCAUCGGCCAGAGAAGUUCAAAGGGCAGCUUGAUUUCGGUACUAUGGGAGUAGGCGAAAGUCGGAGUAUGAUAUUUACUGUGCGCAACGACAACCCUGUGGAUGUUGUGGUGGGUGAGUUUAGUUCCAACAUGAACCGUACCACCGUCGAGAUCCUUGGUAUGGAGAGAGGGAACGGGACGACGCUCACCCGGGUACACAACAAGUCGGAAAUAGACACAGAUCCGCUGGUGAUCAAGCCCUACCACUUUGCUGUGUUCAGUGUUAAUGUUGUUGCGCCAAACGAAGAGGGGGCGUAUGCAGCGGAGGUGUUGAUAGUCACACAGUUCCAGGAUAUUUUUAUACCAGUGACUCUGCGGACAGCUGAGGGGAGCCUUCAUGCCAUUCCAGACAAAUUUGUUUUUGAUAAGGUUUACCCUGGUAAAAUUCCCUACAAAGUGCUACAGAUACACAGUACAUUCAGCGAGUACAUGGAGGUCACCCAGGUGAUGUUCCAGCCUGCAGACAGGAGGUUCUACUUUGUCCCCCAGAACCACAACACGGUUUUACUUCAGCCCCAUGAGCAUAAUGUUGUUGGAAAAAUUUAUUUUGACUCCAAAAGGGGUUGCCAAGAAGAUUGUUACGUUGGUUUACCGACAUAUGUACCUGCUGGACACCAGUGGCUGCUGGGCCUGUCGCUGGACAAGGAGGUUGCAGACACAGACCAGUACCUAUACACACGAUUGCAGCAGAAGUGGGAGGAGCUAGAACUCUCAGAAGAAAAUACAGCAAAUGUUACCAUUGAGUUAGACACAAACCAAGUUCGGGGUUUUUUAUUCUCGGCUCAGGCACAUCUGCACUGGCCAUCGCUGGUGCGAAAAUGCAAGAUCAAGUUUCCCUUGACACAGAUAGGCAACAUAUCAAUAUCAGAUUUUAUAGUAGAGAACACAGGCGACCUGCCUGUUUUAAUGCAGAUUCUGCCUCUUCCAUUAUAUCCAAACCCUCAUACAAUCCUGGAUCUACUCAACUACAAGUUAUCAGCCGACCUUACAGACUUUAUAGAAACUGAGGACUUAGAAACCUUCACUCUCCAGGACUUGGAGGAGUAUAAUGACAAUGCUCAGAAUCCAAUCCCUGGACUACGCAAGUCUGUUGAGAACUUGCUGGGCGUGAAGGCACACAAACACUCCAUAGCCUCUGUACUACAACCGGGGGCCAAAUUGAAGGUCAGGGUGGGCUUCCAGCCCAAGGACGACUACUCCAGAACAUCCAUUAUACUAAUAAGAAACAACCUGACCAUCAUUGACACUGUGGUGGUGCAGGGCCAGGGGUGUCGCGGGGAGAUGCGGUUCAGCAACAGGAAGCCGGGCUCACAUUCACCCCUCAUGUUCGACAUGAACGAAAAACAUUUGAAAAACUGUGAUAUUUCAGAGAAAAAGCCCAGCAAGAGCAUGGUGCCACAUUUUACCGUGAGGAGGACAUUCACACUGCGGAACACGGGGGAACUACCGUUCUACGUCCAGGGAUUCAGCAUCAAUGACUCACCCUGUGAAGGCUAUGGUUUCAAAAUUUUAGACUGUGAAGGAUUUGAAAUGCCACCAAAUACAAGCAGAAAAAUAGAUAUUGCCUUCACCCCAGAUUUUACCAUGUCAAGAAUCCGGAGGUCCCUGACAGUUCACACAAGUUUAGGUCCGCCAGCCAACUACACGCUACAGGCAACAGUUCCCCCCCACCUCCUGUCCAAGUGCUCCGCAGCACUGCCCCGGCCCAACUGGGAACCCGUGCUGUAUUACUCCAUCGUGUGCGUCAUGAACUUUCUCCUCUUCUGCAUCCUUGUGGCAGCAUACUUUGAAGCAGAUCGAAUCAUCGUGGCAGACAUACUCAAACGUAAGCUCCGAGUCAACACAGCGCAGUCGUUCGACAAAGGGAAGGUUUUUGAUUUACGUAAUGUAGCGGGCUUGUCCAUCUCUCCCAGCCUCCCCCCACCUCACUUAACAGCAGACAUGAGAGGAAGGCAGAUGAUCGAGAUCAACGGCCACUUGGAGUACAAGCAGGCACGUAGAGAACCUUUCAUCGGCAGCAUUCUCAGUGUUCUCAGAAAUCUCAUUCCACGAAAAAUAUCACUCUUUUCACGGCGAUCUCAUGUUGAGAGACAGAGUUCCCGUGAGCGUGAAGCAAAGUCUGUGUCUGUAAUUACCAGUGCAAAGCCACAGACCAUUGAUAAAGACAAACCAACACCAGCACCCACCCCAACCCCAACCCCACCCCCACCACAGGAAACUGUGGCCACAGAGAAAUCCAUACCACCACACAGAAUGAAAAAAUCCAGAUCCACAUCCAGACGGAAUCAGGAUUCGAACUCGGCUGAUGGGCACCUGCCGACUAGAUCCGGAGACCGUAAUAAAGAUAUGACCAUUCCAGAACAGAAACGUACCGAAAUGGACCUUAAUGACCCCCCGAGUGCGGAGAUACGCCAGGGGCCAUACCGAUGGGAACGGUCGUCCAGCACUGACCAAGGGGAACGUGCUGUUGAUGACAUCACAGAGAUAAAGGAAGAGGUGAGCCAGUUGAAGCUGGGUAAGAUGAAGAACAAGAAGAAGAACAGGACUCGCCUGGAGCGGGACCUUUUGAAGGACAAAGUCCUGCUGCCCCAGCAUGAGAACUCCCUGACAGACGACCGGGAUGAGAUCUCCUCCACCACCACUGACUCCUCUGCUGGAGAUGUUGAGGAGAAGAAUUCCAGUGCUCGAGACUCUACUCCCGAGCCCCUAGUACCGCUAGUAAAGAGAUCCAAGACCAAACUCCGCCCCAUGGACCGGGCAGUUCCUGCCAUCCUUGACGAUGACUACAAUGAUGAGGAAGAGUUUGAGUUGACCUCCAAAUCAAGAGGCCAUCGGAAGAUUCGCGUCAACCCCAAAGAGACGUUUGGGGGAAACAUCCUGAGACCAAGCACCCUGGAGCUACCCUACAGUCUGGAGACACGCAAGACCAAGGACUCGACUGCAUCAGCUGACUCAGCCAGUAAGAACAAGCGUCCAUCCAAGACCACACGAAGCAACUCCAAGGGUGACACUUUGUUGCACACAACGGCCAGCGACAGCAGUGACCCCGACAAAGAUUUCCCAGCGCCUCCGUCGUGGGACUUCCCCAGUGCCACACUGACUCCUGGUGACCUCACUGAGCUGUCCAUACAGACCGAGAACUUUGCCCAGAAGCACAUCAAGGGCCUGGGCAGUAACGGUAGCGCCAGUAAUGGUGGCACCAACAGCCAACUGAACGGCUUCUCCCCCGAGGCCCUCACCAGCUCCAGCCGCUCCAGCAGCUACAGCAGCAUUGUCAGCAACAGCAGCAGUGACUCCAACACCAACAAGGCCAAGGGCAAACAAUCCACAGCUGGAGACAAGCGAGCUACCGGCUUCUCUCCUUUUGGUGAGAAUGGUCUCCCAGGACCUAUAGGGAUCAAGAAUGGAGCUUCCAAGUCUCCAACAAACAAGACCCGGAACCCGUGGAGCGGAGGACCACCAUCCCCAGACUCCAUUGGCAGCUUUGGACUGACGACCAUUGAGGAGAACUCUUCUGCACCCUUCACAUCCCAAACGGCCAGCAUUGAUUCAUUUGGUCAGCAGGAGUACGGCUUCACAGGCAAUGGCUACACCAACCCGAUGGAGCAGAUUCCCAAGCAGCCAUCAAUGAUGCAGCAGCUCAUGGCCGAACGCCGUCGCCGCUACAGGGAACACCAGCUCAAGAUGCUAAACAAGGGUGAAGAUUGGCCUGGCUUUGACGUUCCCCCUGUCAGAAGUGACAGCCUGUGGGACUCUGAGUACAACCCACUGGAGAACGCCUGGUCUGUGGCCACAGACUCACCACCCAGUGCCAAUGCGGGCGGUUUCUGGAAUGCGUUGACAAGUUCAGCCACCAGCGGCUGGAACAACCUGACCUCCAUCUGGUCGAACAACCCGAGCACAUCCUCUCCGUCUACCAUGGAGAAUGAGGUGGUGUACCCAGAACCAACAUACUCCGGAAACUCCAGCCCACAGAUCACCAACGCCGGGAACGUUCAGUCCGUUCAGCCCCACUGUGGACAUGGCCAUCUGGAGCCCCAAGGCCACCACAGCCAACACAGCCAGCACAGGAUGGGGCCAGUUCCUUCCCCCCAGAGGGAGACAACCCCAAGAACACUGACAAUUAAACUAUUAUACCACUUAGAGUGACCUCCCCUUACAGCUCACACAGCUUCACUGUGUUACACUGCUCCUUUUGUUCUCUGCACUGUUGCUGAAACCACUCACUUUAUCCCUGAGUAGUUGUCCAAACUUACAUGUAGAUCCAUUACCAGGUUUCUGGUGUUCCAUAUUUCUGUUAAGGUUUACCUUAUGGAAGUGAUUUCAAAUUUGUGAACUUUAGUUAAAAUAUCACAGAUGGAAAUGAGAUAAAUUUUCUGUACUUGUCAUGAAGUUUAGUUUAAGCCAUAUAGACUAUAGUCAUAUUUCUAACACAAUGUUCUAAAGCUAAAUUAGUGAGAGUAGGACGUUAUAGUAGUCUCACCACAGAGCGUGAUGUGAAGUUCACCCCCUAGAGUUAGCUCCCUUUGUUGUAGCCGUUAGGAGAACUAGCAUCCUACUACGUCUUUGGUUUGUUUGUAGAAAGUGUUUUGUUGGCUUCUUAUCACGUGUUAUUCUUCCACCUGCAGGUUCGUGUUGUGUGUUACAUACCUCCUGUAAAACCCACCUAGAACUUCAGUUGAACUACUCACAUGAUCACCUAUGUUUCAGUGUUUAGGACAAGUUAGUUUUCUUCAUGUGCUCUACUUGUACAUAGUUUCUUUCAUAGUUUGAUUAUGCCAGUUUACUCUGUACAGCCGUUUCUUCAUUGGCUUAACUGUGCGAAGCUCUAUUAUUUUGGUUUGAGAGUCGAGUUAGGCAUGAACAGAAGGUAUGAUGUCACUCUCAAAAAUUAUUUCAUGUAUGAUUUUAUACGCAGAACUAUCCAACCAGUAGCAGCAGUAAAGUCAUUAUUACAGGUCCCUCAUAGUCUUGUCAAUGUUAGAUUUUCUCCAGAUAUUGCAUGUGUUAGAUUUUCUCCAGAUAUUGUGUGUAUAUUGAUAACUAGUGAUACUAGUACUAUUUGUAUAUGUAUAUAAUUGUAUGGGAGGUCACUCUAUGUUGGCAUCAGUGGAGGAUAUGUUCAUAGGAUGUUGAGUUGUCCUGAUGAUCAAAACAUUUAAUAUGUUAUGGAUUUGAGAGGCAUAUUGCAUUUUUUUUAUCAUGCUGCUCAAACAUUUGGACAUCCUUUCACUUGCAGUUCCGAUGAGAUGUGUUCACAAGUGAAUGAGCAGCCAUCUUGUGGUUAGAUUCUGGUUUAGGGAGCAGUUCAAAACAUUGGCUGUAAGCUGAUUGACUACAUUUUGGGACAGACAUUCACACAUGCACACUGUCGACAUACUAGAAACAUGCAUGUGCACACAGGCAUGCACACACACACACACACACACACAGAAACUAAGAUGUCCAAUCAGUGUCAUAAUUUUGAACUGCUGUCUAAAAAUGAUCAAUGUGUAAUGGCUAAGCAAAUUGUUUAUUUGCUACAAUUAUGUUAUAAUGUAUGAAGUGUAAUAUUUUACAGAGCUGGUCAGUGUGUGAGAGACACUGUGUCAAGUGGCCUUGAUCUAGUGGUGUACAUGAUCUGAAUACUGACAUGUGCAACACUGAAAUCCUUAUGGUUUUUCACAGAAUAUUUAUAAAUUGUUCAACUUGGCUGUGAACUCUGUUCAGAUGAUGUUGCAGGUAAACAUUUCCUGUAAGUGUAAUGUGUCGGUAAGAUUACCCACAAGGGUCACUGUCAUCCCACUGAUCAAGGCCACCCAAUGUGCAGUCUGUAUGAGACAUGUGUGAAGCUCCAGCUGGAGUUACAACCUAUACUAUAUCCAUUGAGGCUCCCAACUGUGGCCCUGGAUCGUGACAACCCCCUCACUAUGUAUGACAACAAGUAAUGAGACUUGUAGACUCACCACAACUGUGACAAUCACCUGAUUCUGGAGUUGCCUCCCCUGGUUGUCCUCAUCUUGUAUGAGUUGAUGACGGAGCCUCCUUGACCUUAACAUACAUCCCCCUCACCAGACAGUGGCAGGUUGUACCAAGAGCAGUAUGUUCUGUGUGGUAACCAUUAAUCACACUGUUUAUACAAUCACAUCAAGUGUUUAAAGCUGUGAAAUUGGAAUAUACUUACACAGUGGCUGCCAUCUCCUGUCUGCCUGUCGGUGUGGAGGAGGAGACAAGACUUGAUUAUUGACGUGACUGUGUACGUUCGGAGCUCCACUGAGGAACAGCUGAUGCAGGGACAGAAGCCCUUGUUUGUAGCAUCCAUAAUUUUAUCAAUUUUGUUGCAUCAAAGCAUUUCAUAUUCUCAAAAAUUGGAAUUUUCAAAAUGUUCAAGUCAAAACUGGUUCAAGUGUUCGUAUUUGACUAUAAAAGUGUACAUUAUGCUUUAAAAAAGAUUAUUCUAUGGCCUGUUUCUAGAACCUUGUAUGCAGGCCUAUUUAGACGUGAAUACAGCUCUCUUUCGAAAAAUGAGUGCAGCUGGCAGUGUGAGCUCCAACCCAUACACGUCCCUGUUGUUGUGUGUACGUUGUAGCCUCUCUGAUACUCAAGUUACCUUGUUAAACCAGCAGGGUAUAUCCUUCGUCCAUGGAUACAUUGUAAUACCAUGACAGUUGAUGUGUCCUGCUUCUUUAACGGCAUGUAUACUGUUCUUCAAGUUGAGAAGUGGUUAGUUUUAAUGUGAUGCUAUUUUACUGACACUGAUGAAUACUUUGUUAUUGCUAGAGACCUAGAUAGUGAUGCCUGGUGCGGCAUUGUGUUACAUAUCAGUAGGACCCAGCUCGGGCACGUAGAUCACAGGUUGCUUCAGUUUGUGACUGACAAUAGCUACAGGUCGUGCUGUGUUGCACAAGCUUUGUAUAGUCUCCCACUUGCUUUCAUUGGUCACUUAUGUAUAGAAAACAUUCUUUUUAAAGCAGUUGAUAAACAUUUAGUUUUGUUUCUGUCAUAUAGGAUAAAUGUUAAUUUCCUAUUUUGUGUUCGAUUUUACCAGGAGUAAUUUUAAAGAAAGUGUUUGGGCAAAAUUUAGAAAUAUUUGUGUUUCGGGUAACUUGAUUGGGAUACAAAGUUGAGGAGAGUUUCCUUCAAAAAACUAUAAGCUUAAGUACAAUUUAGUUGAAUUGUUUGACAACUAAUUACAAGUUCUGGCUGCAAGUGACACGUUUAUUUGGUCUGGUUACCGGGAACAUACAUAUUUUCUUGUUUGGCCUCAGCUCGGCUCCUGUGGCUGUAGGUGUUGUGGUCGGUGUAGUAAGUACAAGUUUACAGGCAGAUGGCCGCCGGACGGACAAACAGAUAAACAGACACAUAACAGUCCAAGCACAGUGCUUGUAGCAGAAGAGGACUGCACGCUUUAGAUGGGAAUAUUUUCCCAAGUAAUUGUUGCGUUUUUUACCUUUUUUAAUAUUGUUAAACUGCUUUUUUGUGAGUAGUAAAAUGUUUGUCUGUGAUAAUUUAAGUAUCAGAGAGGUGAGGCUGAUUUGUUUGUUAGUCUCCUGGAGCUGGUCGCCUGUAUUUGUGAACCAUCAGCUCUUCUGUAUUGAGGCAGCGGUCUGCUGCACUCUACCUGGAAUGGUCCUAUAUGUUACUUUUACAUUUUCAAGGCUUAGAUGUGAAGAAAACAUUAGCCAUAGGUUUCCCUGGCUGUGCCCACUCUCUGCGGUCAGACUUGACCCGGGGAGAGGUCAGGGGAACCAUCUGUUUGUCUUUAUCACUGGUCUGUGGUAAGAAAGAAGUGCUCUAACAAGAAACUUCUGCUGCGGAUCGUGUGUCCGUUUUACUUUAAAAAAUAAUAAAAUAAUUUCGUUUUUAUUGCA